GAACAAAAUAAUCAGGCGCGCAUUUCGGCACGGCCCAAGAGGACCAGCAGCCGAAACCGCCCCACCACUCUGUCCGGCCUCCGCCUGUGCUGCUCCCGGCGCGCCGCAGCAGCAGCCAUGCUCCCCCUCGCCCGCGCGCUCCGGAGCCUCUGCCCGGCGGCGGCCGCGCGCGAGGGUCCCCUCCUCGCGUGGCUCUCCUCGAGAUCGGCCGCCUCCUCCUCCGCACCGCCGGAGUACGAGAUGCCGUCGGUGACGUGGGGCGUGAUCCAGGGGCGCAAGGAGCGCCUCGUCUCCCGCGUGCUGGCGCUCGACUUCCUCCGCUCCGCGGGCGUCUCCGACCCCGCCGGCGAGCUCGAGGCCGUAGAGCUCCCUUCCUCACUCGACGUGCUCCAGGAGCGCCUCGACUUCCUCCUCCGCCUUGGCCUCUCCACCGACGACCUCUCCAAUUACCCGCUCCUCCUCGCCUGCUCCCUCCGCAAGAACAUCAUCCCGGUCCUCUCCUACCUCGAGAAGCUCGGCGUCACGCGCGCCCGCCUCGCCGCCUUCGUCCGCGCGUACCCCGCGUGCCUCCACGCCUCCGUAGCCGUCGACCUCUCCCCCGUCGUCAAGGCCCUCCGCGGCCUCGACGUCGACCGCCAGGACCUCCCCCACGUCCUCGAGCGGUUCCCUGACAUCCUCGGCCUCAAGCCCGACGGAACCAUCAGCACCUCCGUCGCCUACCUCGUUGGCAUCGUCGGCGUGGCGCCACGAGACAUCGGUCCCAUGGUAACGCACUUCCCUUUCUUCCUUGGCAUGAGGGUUGGCACUACCAUCAAGCCGCUCUGCGACUACAUUACCUCUCUCGGGCUGCCCAUGCGGAUCCUGGCGAGGAUCCUCGAGAAGCGACCGUACAUUCUCGGCUAUGAUCUUGAGGAGACGGUCAAACCAAACGUGGAGGCAUUGCUCAGCUUCAGCAUUAGGAAAGAAGCCCUGCCAUUGGUGAUUGCACAGUACCCACCUAUUCUUGGGCUGCCACUGAAAGCAAAGCUAGCAGCACAUCAGUACUUCUUCAACUUGAAGCUCCAAAUUGACCCGGAUGGGUUUGCCCGUGCUGUUGAGAAGUUGCCACAGCUUGUAAGUUUGAAUCAGAAUGUGAUACUGAAGCCUGUGGAGUUCCUCCGUGGACGGGGGAUUUCCAAUGAGGAUGUUGCACGGAUGGUGGUCCGGUGCCCGCAGAUUCUAUUUCUGCGGAUUGAGCUCAUGAAGAACAGUUUAUACUUCUUCAAGAGUGAGAUGAAGAGACCGAUAAGCGGAUUGUUGGAGUACCCAGAGUAUUUUACAUACAGCUUGGAGUCAAGGAUCAAGCCUAGGUACAUGAGAGUUGCAAGUAAGGGGAUUAGAUGUAGCUUGGAUUGGUUCCUGAAUUGUAGUGAUCAGAGGUUUGAGGAAAGGAUGAGAGGGGAUUUUAUUGAAGGGGAUGCACCAGGACCUUCGUUCACAAUGGGUGGGAAGCUUCAGAUGCCAGGCAGUCAGUUAGUGUCAGAUGAUGAUAAUGAGGAUAGUGACGAUGAGGUGCUAUAUAGGCGGACAGUCAUGCUCUAGUGAGUGUAAUUUCUUCUUGUUGCUUUCCUUGGAAUAAGGAUGUAGCAUAGUGGCAAUUUGUGAGUAUUCUUUUAAUUACAAAAAGGGUAAUUUUG